CAGGGAUGCAGCGAGGGCGCAGCGCAGCCUGAAAAAUGGCACCACCACGCGUCCUGUGGAUCUAUCCAUCCCUUUUCCUCCUGUCUUCCCCGCUUCUUCUUCUUUUUCACGCGUUGUCGCCGUGCCAAGCCUUACGGAAUUACCCGGAGAAUGAAGUUACGUUACUGGACUCCAUGUCCGCCUUGGCCGACCUGGGCUGGGAGGCUUACCCUAAUGAGGGGUGGGAGGAGAUCAGCGUGAUGGAUGAGAGGAACACCCCGAUGAGGACCUACCAGGUGUGUAAUGUCAUGGAGGCCAACCAGAACAACUGGCUGAGGACGCGUCACAUCAGCCGAGAAGGAGCGCAGCGCGUCCACAUCGAGAUCAAGUUCACCCUGAGGGACUGUAACAGCCUGCCGGGGGUCCCCGGGACCUGCAAGGAGACAUUCAACAUGUACUACUAUGAGUCCAACAACGCCAACCUGUGGUUCAUCAAGGAAAGCCAGUACGUCAAGAUCGAUACUAUUGCUGCAGAUGAGAGUUUUACACAGGUGGACGUUGGCGACCGCGUGAUGAAGCUUAACACGGAGGUGCGCGACAUCAGCAACCUCAGUAAAAAGGGUUUCUACCUGGCCUUCCAGGACCUGGGAGCCUGUAUCGCUCUGGUCUCAGUCAGAGUCUUCUACAAGAAGUGUCCCCUCACUGUGCUCAACUUGGCCCAGUUCCCUGACACAAUAACGGGCGGGGACACGGCGCUGGUGGAGGUCCACGGUGUGUGUGUGAAUGCCUCUGAGGAGUUUGAGGCGCCAAAGAUGUACUGCAGUGCAGACGGAGGCUGGCUGGUUCCUAUCGGGAGGUGUGUGUGCAAACCGGGCUUCGAGGAGAACAAGGACGUCUGCCAACCGUGCAGACCUGGUACCUACAAAGCUUCAGCCACAGAUGCCUACUGCACCAAAUGUCCUCCUCACAGCUCGUCGCCGCAGGAACAAGCCGUCGAGUGCAUUUGCGAGAAAGGUUUCCACCGCGCUGAGACCGACUCACGCUCCAUGGCGUGCACACGUCCCCCAUCUGCUCCAGAGAACCCCAUCUCCACGGUGAACGAGACCUGCGUCACCUUGGAGUGGUCGCCCCCCAGAGACACAGGAGGCCGAGGAGACAUCACCUACAGCCUUCACUGCAGGAAGUGCUCCGGUGACGGCAGGAAGUGCACGCCGUGUGGCAACAGUGUCCAUUUCGUCCCCAGACAGUUUGGUCUCUCGUCAGCCACCGUGCUGGUCACCGACCUGCAGCCGGACUCCAACUACAGCUUCACGCUUGAGAGCCAGAAUGGAGUGUCGGACUUAAGUCCCACACCAAGAGGAACGGUAGUCAUCAAUGUCACAACAUCACAGACAGUGAGCGUAGUGUUGAAGGAAAGGCGGAGCAAGGACAGUGUGACUUUGGCCUGGCAGGGUCCAGAGAGACCCAACGGAGCGAUAGUGGAGUAUGAGGUCAUCUACUAUGAGAAGAACCAGAGGGAGCAGAACUACACGGUCCUGAAGACUCGAUCCAACAUGAUGACAGUGGACGGGCUGAAGCCGGGGACCACCUACGUGUUCAGGGUCAGGGCUCGAACUGACGGGGGCUACGGGAGCUACGGCGGAGAGAUCGAAUUGGAAACCAGCCACGAAGAUGUUUUUGCUAUCGGGGACCCAAACCAGUCCACCAUCCUGGCUGUGUCUAUUGCCGGGGGAAUCGUUCUCCUCAUCUUCCUGGUGACUUGCUUCGUUGUCAGUGGAAGGCACUGUGGAUAUAUCAAAGCCAAGCAGGACCCUGAUGAAGAGAAGAUGCAGUUCCAACAUGGCCGAGUCAAGCUGCCCGGCAGCAGGACCUAUAUCCAUCCUCACACCUACGAAGACCCAAACCAGGCUGUCCGGGACUUUGCCAAAGAGAUCGAUGCUUCCAAUAUUCGCAUAGAGAGAGUUAUUGGAGCUGGAGAGUUUGGGGAGGUGUGCAGUGGUCGGCUGCGUGUUCAGGGAAAAAGGGAGAUCUACGUGGCCAUCAAGAGUCUGAAGGCGGGAUAUUCUGACAAACAGAGGAGGGACUUCCUGUCUGAGGCCUCCAUCAUGGGACAGUUCGACCAUCCGAACAUCAUCAGGCUGGAGGGCGUCGUCACAAGAUGUAAACCAGUGAUGAUCAUAACAGAGUUCAUGGAAAACGGAUCUCUGGACACUUUUCUCAAGAAACAUGACGGCCAGUUCACGGUGAUCCAGCUGGUCGGCAUGCUGCGUGGCAUCGCCUCAGGUAUGAAGUACCUGUCAGACAUGAGCUACGUUCACAGAGACCUGGCAGCUCGAAACAUCCUGGUCAACAGCAACCUGGUGUGUAAGGUGUCUGACUUUGGCCUGAGUCGAGUUCUGGAGGACGACCCGGAGGCUGCCUACACUACAAGGGGAGGUAAGAUCCCCAUCAGAUGGACGGCUCCAGAGGCCAUAGCUUACAGGAAGUUCACUUCAGCCAGUGAUGUGUGGAGUUACGGUAUCGUCAUGUGGGAGGUGAUUUCAUACGGAGAGAGACCCUACUGGGAGAUGUCCAACCAGGACGUGAUCAAAGCAAUAGAUGAGGGCUACCGUCUCCCCGCUCCUAUGGACUGUCCUGUGGUGUUGCACCAGCUCAUGUUGGACUGCUGGGAGAAGGGACGCAGCGACAGGCCAAAGUUUGGACAGAUUGUCACAAUCCUGGACAAGCUCAUCAGAAACCCAGCCAGCCUUAGAGAGCUGGCCAACAGCUCAGCAUGCAGGGAGGACCCGUCCACCCCAGAGUUCAGUGUGAGCACAGUGGAUGAGUGGUUGGAGGCCAUCAAGAUGGGCCAGUAUAAGGAGAACUUUUCCAGUGCUGGAUAUGUCAGCUUGGACUCAAUCCUCUACAUCAGUGUCAGUGAAUUGGCUAAGAUGGGGGUGAAUCUUGCCGGCCACCAGAAGAAGAUUUUGUCCAGCGUGCAGAGCCUGCAGACCCAGGGGACGCAUGUCCAAGUAUAACAGUUUCCACAUAAACACACAGUGAGACAGAGCCAAAAUGGAUGCUCCUGUGAAGAGUUUCCCCACUGAAAUGGAGUUGUUAUGGAUACUCUGUGCUCGAACCUCCAUUGAUCUUAAGACACACUGAGAUGGAGACAACAUUGACGCUUGACUCCUUCACCUUCUCGCAGUUUCACCAUUCUUCCCAUCCUCGAUGGGCACUACCGGCUUUCGCACUCAGAGUCCCAGCAACACAGCCACCAUUAUGGAGCAACAGAGAGACACACGUCCAACAACAAGGCCACAUCUAUAGCAUCCCAGACCAUUUCACAUCAUAUCAGCUCAACAAAAGAAAAAAAUAUUCUUAACAAAAGAAAUGACAAAAAAAACAAACAAAUUAGAAUAUAAUUAUCAUCACUGUCUGUGAGGUGUACAGUUGUUUUUUUACCGUCAUUUUGUUUUCAUUUUGAGUUUUCACCUUGAAGAGUUUAAAAAGGGUCAGACAUUAUGUAUAUGUGUAGAUAUAUGUUUAUAUGGGCUGUGUGUCCCACAACCGUAGAGAUGGACCUAACGUUUGUAUUGGUGGUGAGGUUUAUAUGGCUCAACCUUAAUGGGAGUUAUUACCUAGUACCUGUAUGGCCCCUUCCAUUGCUCUCUGUAUACAGAAAGCUAAUUAGCAAGCCAAGAUAAUGAAUGACAUGAAUGUGCGGGGUGAGGGGAAAAGAAAACUGGACCUUUAGAGAUAGAGAGGGAUGUAGAUUUUGCUAGCUCAUGUAGGAUCGGAGUAUGAUUCAUUUAAAUAGUGUAUUUGACCAGGACAAGGGCUUCCCUAGAGACUGCUCUCAGACACACUUCCAUAGCAACUACACACAGCUCCUUUGCUAGUCUGCGUGCACUAACUGAGUGCAAAGAAAUAGCAGAAAGCUGCAGUUAGCACAGAUACAUUUUUCUCUUCCAUGACUGACUGGCUAUUUCAAACAACAUUGUCCAUUCAGCUGUUACAGAAUGAUGUUGUUGGGAAUAUUUCAGCCCAAAAGUUUGCCUUCCCAUAUUUCAGGUGUUAAGAAAGUUAAAGUGUUUUGUGUAGAGCAAAGGUGAUGCCAAGGUCAUCAUAGAGUUGACACUGUUAAGAACGUGUACCUUGUUUUUCCAGUGUUGUGCCAUGUACAGUAACCUUUAAAAUGUUCAUCUGGGCAACAUACCUCCAUUCCUACUAUACUCUGUCCUUUCAUCAGUUCCUAUAGCUGGAUUGUAACAAAUGGCCAGUCACAGUAAUUACGGUGUUUUUUUUCAAAUAGUCUGCUUGUUGAAAAGGAGCUUUGGAAUGGACCUUUUUUUCAACAAGAUGAAAUAUACGCUGUGUUGAUUUUCAGGUGUGCCACCACGAGAGGGUAAGCUUUGCUUAAAAAAAAGAUAAUUUAUGUGUCUUGAACUUUCUCACUUUCUUGUUAUCAGUCAUGCUAACCUAUUUCAAGAUUCCCUAGUUUCAAACUUAUACUGAUAAGGUAAAUUUACAAAACAAUGUUUACAGCAAAAGGCAAAUAAAUUGAUUUGUUGGUUUUUCCUUAUCAGAGGGAAACUGCUGCUUAUCACAUCAAAUACAAGCUUAGAUAUGAUGGGGCCCUCUUUGUGUGCACUGCAUUAAUGGCACUGAACCUGCUUUAGUGUAUUCCCAAACCCAGUUUUAAUAUAUGUGGUACUCUAUAGGACCAACAGUGGCAUAAAGUACAGAAUAUAUGAUUGUAUCAUAGUGUAAAAUAUGUACAGUGUUGAUUUCCAAUGUUAGAAUGUUUGUAAUGAUAAUGAUGAUGAUGACUAUGAUGUAAUUUUAUUGUGAAAAAGAGAUUUCUGAAGUACUCGUUCAGGGGCGGGUCAUACAGGUGAAAAGUGAAGGGAGGUGAUUCGUUGGUCUGAAUAAAGGAAUGUAGCAUGGUGCAAAGCUUCAGCUUUGAAUGACAGGUGACAGUGACUGCAGUUUCUACCAUAGCGUUAGAAUGAGUAGAAUGGACUUUCCUUGUUGAUACACUGGCUUAAAUUGCAUACCUCCCUUAAACAGUAAUUACAUGCACUUUUUAAGCCUGUGUCCGCCUACAAAACUAGUAAAUCUGCUUGUUUGGGUAAGGUACCGGUGGAAAGAGGUAGGUUGAGAUAAGAGAUGUCCUCAUAUUAAAUAUCUUUCCAAAAGAAAAGUGCUAUAUAAAUGCAGUCCAUCCACUGACAUUACAAAUUGAACAUUCGCUGAAGCCCUCCUAAAGCAGGAAUUGUUCUAUCAUGGCUCAGAAACCAUAACUAGGCAUGGCAGACCUGUCAAGCUUUGCAUUUCUCCACAUGCUGAAGUGGUUUUGCAUGUAGCAAUAGUGUUUCUUGGCCUAAUACCAAUAUACAAUAGUAAAGGUGUAAGGAAAGGAUUAAACAGUGUGUUUGUCUGUUCUAAUGUAAACUGCAAUUGUUAGCAUGUUGGGCUAACCAGCUAACCAUCUACAAUAGUAAUAGAGCAGCACUUCUAAGGCCAAGGUACACAUCAUUAACUUGGUAUAAUUUAUUUUUUAGGGUUAAAGGUUACGGAAACAAAAGCUCAGUUUACAUCUAGUUCAUUCCCUGUGUUGUGUUUCUCCACUGAGGUAAAGCUAGUCUCGGAUGCUAUCAGAGUUUAAGCUAACAUUAUCUAUUGUCCUACUCUUUAUUGGAUUUAGUUUAAGUUCACACCCUAGCAAUCCCAGCCAACAUUAUGUGAUAUACCAUUAUGUUUGCCAAAAACAUUGGUUCUCUGGUACUGGUAAAAAUGUUUUUUAAAUUUGAAAAGCGAGCUGGGAACAUUUUCAGCCAACUCAUGGACUCAAAUGGAGCUAAAGUUAGCCUAACUAGUUUAGCUAUCUAACUACAGCAACUAAUGCAGCCAGAAAAAAAUAUAUUCAGUGAGUAACUGCUUUUGUCAAAAAGGAUCCAGCAUUUUUUUUUUAAAUGUGAAUUUUCAUUGUAUACCUUAUUAUGUGCCAAUUUAGAACAGUGGCAGGCUGGAGGGGGCAGCCAAGUGAAAAAUUAAACCACUAUAAGGCUAUAAAUCAAUGAUUUUGCUGGCAACACAUUUUAGUGUGGCAUGUUGGUGUGAUCAAGGCCUCAGUCUUUCUUAUUAUAAACUUUAUAAUGUGUCAUUUUAGAUUGGAAAGCUUGACAGGCAUGGCAAUAGCAACUAAGGGGCAAAAGCUGUCAGUCGGACUCGGACUGGAGUGGGCAGCAGAAUGAAAAUUUCAAUCACUAUAAGGCUUUUUACUUGUGCUUUCCCGCCCUCUUGUUCCAGAAUACAAUCCAAAAAAUGUAUACAAUUCGGAGAGUGAGAAAUUUUUAGUACAUUCUACUCUUGCUAACUCUAUGAUUUCACUCUAGCGGACUACCCUUGACCGCUGGCCUUUUAGAUGCCUUAUUUACUGAACUAUUGUUCUUUUCUGUUGCCCUAUAGAGGCGAUAUUAAGAGUAAAUUGUAUGUACAGGUAGUAUUUAUCUGUGUUUAAGAUGACCUCACAUCAACACCCUGGUUUUAAACAUCCCAGAGACCUCCAACAGCACCUUCACUUUGAUUCCCACAACCAGAGCAAAGUAAUUUUGUUCUGAAAGUAUUAUAAUGAACCCUAAAGCUCAUUACCUGUAAAAGCUGAUAGAGAAAUUGUCAGAAUUGUUCUUAUUUAUUUGAGUCAUAAGAUUUAGAUUGUGGAUGUGGAUGGCCAAAAAUUCCGGUACGCAAAAUUGUUUUCAAGGGCAACAUUCCUCAUGCAAUAUCAGGAUCAGAAAAGGGUAUUUUAAGUAU